UUCAAAUCGUGCUGGUCUUCAAUUUCCAGUUGGUCGUAUUCAUCGUUUGUUGCGCAAAGGCAAUUAUGCUGAGCGUGUUGGUGCCGGUGCUCCAGUUUAUCUAGCUGCAGUUAUGGAAUAUUUAGCAGCUGAAGUUCUUGAAUUGGCUGGUAAUGCCGCUCGUGAUAACAAAAAGACAAGAAUCAUCCCACGUCAUUUACAAUUGGCCAUCCGCAACGAUGAAGAAUUGAAUAAAUUGUUGUCCGGUGUAACUAUUGCUCAAGGUGGUGUUUUGCCUAAUAUUCAAGCUGUACUUUUGCCAAAGAAGACCGAAAAGAAAGCAUAAAGUGAAAAAUAUAGGCGAAUUAUAAUUAUAAAUACCGACGCAAACAAACCGUCCUUUUCAGGACGACAAAAUACAUUUACAAAGAGAUUUAAAUAAUUUCUCACUAAAUGUGUUAUUUUUUCAUACAUA